GACCGCGGGCUACGGCCAGAAGCGGGGACCUCAACUUGCUCAUGCGGCCACGAGGUGCACGCAUGUCUGGCACAACUUUCACGCGGGCGCGAGGGUCCGGCGAGUGCCUUCUAGGAGAGUGAAGGUGAUGGAGGCGCGCGCAUGGUCGCAGGCACUGCUGGCUUUUUGUUAUGGCUGCAAUAUGUUUCUCGUGUACACGGACCGCAUCUAUUUAUGAAGGCUGGGUCAAGCACAGGGCAAGGCAACUCGAAUCGAAGGGUCUUGCACUCUGGCGCAGAUGACAAUUGCAAUUGCUGUAAGCCGGCUGUUGCAUGCCUUGGCCCUCCCAAACGGGCCAGUGAAAAGGAUGGGGACGGCAGCCGGAUUCCACGGAGAGGAGGCGACAAGAGCAGCCCACACACGACGUGGCUCGCUCCAACAAGGGUGGUCAGAAGGCGGUCCCUGGAACCGUUCAUUGGAUUGCGCUUCGGGGGGUGCAAAAGGGUGCAGCAAUUUGUGCCUGACGACGCAGCCAGUGCAGCGGUGCUGAGCACGGCGCAGAGUCAUGCGUGGCCGCUGAGCGCGCUUUGCGGCCUGGUGAGGGUUAUGACGGGCUAGACUGCAUGUGGCAGAGUUUUCACCUGUGCACGGCAGAUGAGUGGACAGCUAAUGAACGAUUAUUACGCAGACACGACGGGG